CUGCCGCGCGAGCGGGUGUCGCCAGUCGCCUGGAACGUGUCACAGUCGCGCCGCGAGUGUAUACGCGCGGGCCAGAGCGCGUUAUGGACGUUGCAUGAGCGGGCGCGAGUGCGACCGCUGGAGCCGACGGGCACGCCGGCCGUGGAGCGCUCGCCGUGGGCCCCGGGCGGCGCGGGCAUGCGCUUCGAGGGCGCGGAACGGCGCGACGCCGUUGCCUUCCAUCCGCUGCUGGCGCCGCGCCCGAGCGACUUCUCGGUGUCUGCCCUGCUGACGGCAGGGGCACUGCCACCGCCACCAUAUCUUCCCGCGGCGCUGGCCGCCGCCGCCGCGCUGUCCGGACCUUGUCCGCUGCUCAAGCCGCCGCCGCCGCCUUACGCACCGCUGCCUCCCGACGACGACGGCGUCGUCGACGACCCCAAAGUGACCCUCGAAGGCAAGGACCUCUGGGAGAAGUUUCACAAGCUCGGCACCGAAAUGGUGAUCACCAAAAGUGGCAGACAAAUGUUUCCACAAAUGAAGUUUCGAGUAUCCGGAUUGGAUGCGAAAGCGAAAUAUAUUUUACUACUGGACAUCGUUGCCGCAGACGACUACCGAUAUAAGUUUCACAACAGUCGGUGGAUGGUUGCCGGGAAAGCGGAUCCAGAAAUGCCAAAAAGGAUGUACAUACACCCAGAUUCGCCCUCAACGGGGGAGCAAUGGAUGCAGAAGGUCGUCUCCUUCCACAAAUUGAAGUUGACGAAUAACAUCAGCGACAAGCACGGUUUCGAGCUCAUCUAUAGCCAAAGUCAACGGAUGUUAUCCAAGUUGCUGUGGCCCAAUCCGUCACCUAGUGCGCCCAGAGACCCACACUCAGAUCAUUUGUGUGUUACGCAGACGAUCCUCAACUCGAUGCACAAGUACCAGCCCCGGUUCCACCUAGUGAGGGCCAACGACAUCUUGAAGCUGCCUUACUCCACCUUCAGGACCUACGUCUUCAAGGAGACGGAGUUCAUCGCGGUCACCGCCUAUCAGAAUGAAAAGAUAACACAACUGAAAAUCGACAAUAACCCUUUCGCAAAAGGGUUUAGAGACACAGGUGCGGGGAAAAGAGAAAAGAAUCUGUCUGUGUACCGCAGGCAAGCGUUGUUGACGGCGCGGUCUGAUCCCAGAGACGAUGACGAUGAGCGACCUCUGGACGUCGGAGGACCCUCCAGUCCGCCCCCUCCCGCACCUACCACGCAGCAUUCUACCAGCUCAUGGUUCACAUCGAGCGGUGGCGGUGGUGAUUCAGGCCCAGAAGAAGCCGGUUCCGACUCCUCAUGUUCAGGAGGGCCGCGAGCGCAGUCUCCUCCACCGGGACCUUCCCGGCCCUCCCCCGCUCCUGACGUGUCCCUCGGUCCACCUAUCCAACCUCCCCUUUUACCAUAUCUAUAUCCUCCUUCGUUAUAUCCCCCACCGUUCUUCCCGCCGCAUCAAAUGCCGCCAGGACUCCUGUUCAACCUUCACCCUCUCCUGCAGCAGUACUCUCUACCGCCUCCCCCCGCUCCUAAUCCCGCGCCGUCCCUGAGCAAAACGCACAGGUUCGCCCCCUACGCAUUACCGGGCCUGGGAUCAGCGUUCGAGCAAGUUGCGCCCCGAGCGAGGAGUUUGUCUUCGUCGCCUGCGCGGCCGCGAGUGGGCUCACCCCCGGCGAGAGCGGCGUCUGCUGAUCCACCACCGGAUGCCCCCACGUCCACGACGACCCCUAACACGCCCCCGGCGUCCGACCUAAAGAGCAUCGAGCGUAUGGUGAACGGCCUGGAUGUGGAGACUCAGGACUGACUCGCGACCAAGUCGUGACUGUGUACAUAGAGUGUAUUUAUAUGAUCCCCCAUGGGAUGUCGUUUUGUAUCGUUCCUAUUUUGUUUUUCUGUCGAGUUCUUAUCGGGUCGAUCGAAUGAUGUAAAUAGUUAAGCUUAUACAAUAGCUGGUUUAGUGUGGCUGUAUACACGAUGCUGGGGAACUUUCUUGGAUACGUUCAAAUAUUAACAAACAUUUAUUUCCCUGCAGAAUAAAGAAACAGAUUUCUAUUUUUACUUAAUCCCAUUGUUUUGACUAUUGUGUAGGAUUACAAGUAUCAUAUUUUUAUUCUCAUCACCGUGUAUACUGCUGAAAGGUCUUAGAUAUUAUGUUCGUCGAUGGACAGUCACGCCUGUACCUUACCCGCAGACCACCACGUGAAUAAUCGGUCAUAGCUUAGGUUUGCAAUGAAUACAAAGUGUCACUAUUAUCACGUUUUUUUAAAACUUUAUUUUUAACGUAAAGUAGCUUCAUAUAAUAAAUAUCCUUUUCAAUCUUACAUUUUGUAAAAGUCAUUAAUUACGCAGUUAUGUCGUAUUUAAUAGUCUUCUGAACUUCUUUGCUAGAAAGCAACCUUAUUUGAACUAUGGAAGUUAAAUAGAAACGCCUACUUGUUCUUUUAUUAAAGU